CCCAUCCGUAAGAAGAAGAAAAAAAACUCUCAUAAAUUCUAUAUGGCUGAUUUCACAUCAGAUUUGCAAAAUUUCAAAUAUUCAUUUUCUUUCUUGGAUACUGAUCCUACAGCCAUGGAGUCAUCACUUGGUGGUGUGCUAAACCAAAGCGUCAUAGACAAUUCAUUUGCCUUGAAUUUCCAAAGCUUCUUCCCCUUCUCCAACGACAGCUUCUUCAGCAACCAAGGAGCUGAAAUUCCGGGAAACUGCAGAGAAAAUCCACCUGGUUUUUUCCAUGAUACCAACCAGGGUUUAGCUGCAGCACUUUCAGUUUCUCGGUCACCCAUUGUCACUGCUAAAAACGAAUUCCAGGAAAGCAACAAGAGGAAAUCAUUGGAUGUCUCGGAAAGUAGUUCUGGGAAUUCAUCGUCUCCUCAAACUUUUGAAAGCUGUAUCAAGAGAAGAAAAGAAACAACAAUGAAAAGAGCAAAAAACAACAAUGAAAAGGAAGAUCAAAAGAAACCAAAAGAUGUUGUUCAUGUGAGAGCCAGAAGAGGUGAAGCUACUGAUAGUCAUAGUUUAGCAGAAAGGGUUAGAAGAGGGAAAAUAAAUGAGAGACUGAGAUGCUUGCAAGAUAUUGUCCCCGGAUGCUACAAGACCAUGGGCAUGGCGGUCAUGUUAGAUGAGAUCAUCAAUUAUGUCCAUUCCUUGCAGAAUCAAGUUGAGUUUCUUUCACUGAAGCUAACUGCAGCAAGCACUUACUACAACUUCAACUCAGACUCAGAUGCCAUGGAAAGAUUGCAGAGGGAAAAACACAUUUGGAAAGAUUGAAUAGAGAAGGAGAUGUUGGAGGGGUAGGAUGCUUCUACUCAUCAUCAUCAUGGUCCUCUUUCACUUAAUUUUCCUUGCAAACACAUAUGAUCAUGGAAUUCCACCUAGGCUAGAAUAUGUGAAAAAAAUUAUACUUGUAAUA